AUGGAUAUAAUCCCGAAACACGCUCCUGUUCUCCCUGAUCCCGUGCCUGUAAACAAGUCAAGAUUUGCCAUGCCGUCCAAUUUGCCACCGCGCUCCCCAACGGCGGCCACCUUUCCGACUCCUCUCUACCUUGCAAUAUCUUUGAAAAGGGCUGCUCCAGGAUUGUUUGAUGAUGUCCUCUCUAACGGUUGGCUGGACUCGAUGGCCUCAUCUUCUCCUCCCCGGAGAAAGCAAUGCAAGGAUACCUGCAUCGACUUUUUACAAGAAGAUACUGACGCUCCUUACCGUUCCUGGUUGGUGAGUCGACGGCACUCACUCUCGCUUCAUUUCUUGUCGCUGCUUCGAUGAAAUAUCUUUAUUUUUCUUCUUCUUCUGACGUGCGAAUUCUGCUUGUAGAUGAAGUACCCGUCGGCUUUAUCUUCAUUUGAGCAAAUCGCAGAAAAGGCCAGCAGCAAGCGCGUAGCUUUGUUCCUGGACUACGACGGAACCCUUUCACCCAUCGUCGACGAACCUGACCGCGCUUUCAUGUCCAAGGCGGUAAGUAUCUACCUGCUGGUCAUCAUCCUCCUCAAUAAUAAUCCAUCUUCAUAGCAAAACUCCAUCUUUGCGCUCUAUUCACACCUGGUUGUGAUUUUUGGGCUCCUUUUCAGAUGCGUGCCUCUGUACAAAAUGUCUCCAAGUAUGUCCCCACUGCAAUCAUCAGUGGGAGGAGUCGCGAUAAGGUGCUUGCCCCCACUCCCCAUCUGGUUCCCUCAGCUUCUUUUUAAAAUUCUCCUCGAAUGGCGGCCUCCUGGGCGAGAGAGUGAUCCUUCCCUCGUAAAUUCUCUCUUGCAGGUCUACGAAUUUGUCGGACUAACCGAUCUUUACUACGCCGGUAGUCAUGGGAUGGACAUAAUGGGCCCUGUCCGAUUGUCGGAGCCUGUCGAUAGCCAUCCCAACUGCUUCAGGUCCACUGAUAAGCAGGUCGGCGAUGCAUCUCCAUGCUCAAAUCCUUCUUCUUCCUCCUCUUUCUUGUCCGAUUCACUUCCUUAUAUGGUCUUGGUAUUCAUCUGCUGAUAUAUAAACUGAGGCCCCCCUCGUUCGUCCUCCUGUGCUGUGCAGGGUAAGGAAGUGAAUCUGUUCCAGCCUGCGAGUGAGUUCAUACCCAUGAUCGAGGAGGUAAUUUUCUGUGCCAUCUCCUCCUGUUUCUUCAUCUACUCCUUGUGUCCGUACGGGUGGUAAUGGGCUCUUCUGCCACUGCAUCUGCAAGCAGGUUUUUAGGUCCCUCGUCGAGAGCGCAAGCGAGAUUCCCGGCUCAAAGGUCGAAAACAACAAGUUUUGCGUUUCUGUCCAUUACCGUAACGUAGAUGAGACGGUACGUGGGGACAGAUGUCUCAGAACCACCCACCCACCCACCCCCCUCCUCCCCAUCAGAUCUCUCUCUCUCUCUCUCUCUCUCUCUCUCUCUCUCCCUCUCCCUCUCUCUGUCAAUGUAGAUGAGAAGUGUCCUUGACCUUGGGUUAAUUACCUGUUUCUGUGAGCAGAACUGGGCCGCCAUCGCCCAGCUCGUCCAUGACACGCUGAAGCAGUAUCCACGUCUCCGACUCACCUACGGGCGGAAGGUAUGAGCGCCGUCCCCAUCCAGAUGCCCCGCCACCUGAUCCUCGACCGACGCUGACCUACCUCUCUCUCCUUCUCUUUCUCUCUUCCCCAGGUUUUAGAGAUCCGCCCAGUGAUUGAUUGGAACAAGGGGAAAGCCGUUGAAUUCCUCCUUGAGUCCCUCGGGCUCGAUAACUCCGAUGACGUCCUCCCCAUUUACAUCGGCGACGACCGGACCGAUGAAGACGCCUUCGAGGUGCACCCCUCUCUUUCUCCCUCUCUCUCUCUCUCUCUCUCUCUCUCUCUUGUUCUUGUUGUUAGCUAAUUGGGUGAUGACGAUAUCGACGGCAGGUGCUAAGAAGCAGCGGGCGCGGCUUCGGCAUCCUCGUCUCCUCCCUCCCCAAGGAAACCAAGGCGUCCUACUCCUUGAGAGAUCCCUCCGAGGUAGGUGUACGGACCGAGCUUAGAGACCCACCCUCCCUCUCUUCUUCCCCACCUUCCUCCUCCCUCCUACCUGUUGAGUAUUUUACUUUAUCAUACCGUUGACACCGCCAACCCCGGCCAGGUGAUGGAGUUUCUCAAGUCGCUGGCGAGCUGGACAAAGUCCCCGGUUUGGCAAGGAUGA